CAUCAUUCGAGAAGCCAUCCUGUGGAUAUAAUCCGGCGAUUGUGGAGAAAGUACGAUGAGGUGCCCCAUAAAAUCGAGCAGUUCAAAGAGAACUGUUGUCUUCGCAAACCCUUUUUCUCCGCCGAAUUUACUGCACCAACGCCACCUGAAGUCCAAAUUCUCGUCGACUUCUUGCACAUGAAUGCUUUCACAAUAGCGGACUUCAUGCUACGCAACCAAAAUAACACAAAGGAAAUUUUCCGGACUGUAAUCGACCUGGAUCACUUGCACCAAAGUGGUGAUACAUAUAGUAGAGACUAUUUCCACAUCCCCCCUUACCAAUUAUAUCGCGGCCGCGAGUGCGGAUAACUGGCUAAUGCUGCACUAUCUUCUGGGAACUUGGCCCGAAGCUCUAGACUAUCACAGCAUUCUUUUGGACUGCAUCAUGUUCCAUCACCAUGGGAGAUCUCAAUUCUAUUUUUCUGGCUGCGAAGACGGGUGUAUUCUGAAGCGUCUGCUACGUCGGGGUGCGAAAACAGAUGCGCCAGAUUUCGUGGUUACGCCACUGCAAAUUGCCGUAGCUUGUCUGGACAAAGACAGAGUGGAAGUUUUACUUGAGGGUGGUGCUGAGCCGAACACAAGAGGGAAUCCAGCUGCGAUGAAUCGGUCAGAGCAUCCCUGGUUACGUGCGCAUGAUUAUCUCAGUGGUAUGACCCCACUUCAGAUAUGUCAACCUGAGGUUCAAAAGCGUAGUUUAGACGUUGUAUCGGAGAUCAGGGAAGAUGUUACGGGGAGCAGUUUCGAGGACGUUAUUGACCAACGCUUGACAGACUCCGAGGGAAUCUUAAGCCAAAUCGAGGCUUUGCUGCGCAAACACAAUGCUACAUAGGCCAUUUCAAAUCCAAAUAUCAAAGCUGAUAGCCUAAUUCGAUCGAUG